GGAGGAGGAGGAGAAGAAUGUACGGAGUUAAAAAAGAUGAGAACGAUCGAGAACGAUCGGACAAUGUUGGCUCGCAAACAGCACCGCCUUGGUUGGUCAGAGCAGAAGUUACAAUUCGUCAUGGUGGUGCACAAACCAUUUCGGAUUCUGGACAAUCGCCGGUAGGCACCUCGUCAGCAACAAUGACUGAUUCCAACGGUGUACGAAUGAUAUAUCGUUGGAAUACUAGCCAACCGAGUUCUAAUAUUCCAUCAACUACGUCCGCAUCGACUAUUCAAUCGAUGGGUGGUAUUAUACCACCGAAUUCUUAUGGUUUUCAACGUGGUAAUAUAUUGUUCACAUCGACACCACCGCCAAGAGGUCAACAAUCUGGUAAUUCGUAUACAAUUCCGCGUCCAGGAUCUUCAAGUAAGGAUGACACGUGUCCGUCAAGAAAUCGUGGAUUCAUCGAUUCAGGAUAUAACAGCGAACAAUUCUCACCUCAUUCAUAUUCGAGUUUACCAUCGCGCCGUACUUAUCAACAAUACAAUCGACGUUGCAAAAGUACCUGUAACAUCGUUCUCGCUGCUUUUGAUCCAAAGAAGAAUCUAAGUAACGAUGAACCUACAACUACGAAAUUGUUAACGAAAGAAUCAUUGAAAUCUUCCACGUUAGAAGAGCCAGACCGAUCAUCCUGGCAUUAUCAUCGAACGACAUCGUCCAAUAAUAACCAUCAUCUUCAUCAUCAUCAUCAUCAUCAUCAUUUACAACAGCAGCAAAAACUUCAGCAACAACAACAGCAACAACAACAACAACAACAACAACAACAACAACAACAACAGCAGCAGCAGCAUGUCUCCGCUCGUUCACGUUUCAGUACCGUGCCUGAAGUAUGCGAAGAUUGUUCCGAAGGUACUACCAGUCCAUUUACGACACAUUUCUGUACUCGUGUGUUAGAGAAAACAGCGAGCAAAGUUACAACCAUUAGCAAGGAUGCUUCUUCUCAAACGACCGAUAUUGAAUCUCGAACUUCGACCAUAUCGACUACAUCGAAAACAGGAAAAGUUAGACGGAAGGCACUGGAUAUACAAUUGGCUGACGAACAAAAGAGGAAAAAGCAAGAGAACUCAACUGUUGGUACACCGAUUGAUACUUCGGGACAACUUUCAACGACUACGGAUACUGAAAAAUCCUUUUCAUCUGCCAUAGAGGAGAAUGCAAAACGUAAAUCUCGUACCGUUCACAUAGACGUUUAUUGCACUGGCUCGGACGAUGAAUGUAGUACCGAUUCAACCGAGGAGGAACGUUCGACAACGGCUAUGACCGUCUUCGAGAACGAGGACGUUAAAGUGACGCAUAGCCAUGCCGAGGAUAACGAUUUACCACGUGGAUUUAAAGAUAAUAAAGCUUUUUUAGCGCGAACUGCCGAGAGACGUUGUGAAAGUUUCAAAAAUGCACCGAUGAGAAUGCCUUCGUUGGCCAGCUCGAAGGGUUACGAAAGCGACGAUCUAUUGAGUUCCCUUUAUCCCUCGCAAUUUAGUUCUUACAGCGCUCUUAAAGAUUUAGAUUCUACGCCAUGGUCUGCGGCGUCGUCGACUUUGGCAUUACCAUUUAUUGACGAUUAUGAUUCAGCUGCUGCGACAUCCUCGAAGGAUACAUUUUCCGAUAUAGAUUCUAUCGUAAAUGGUAGUAAACCGACCUUGACGUCCUGCGAUAGCUUCGAAUAUGCUAAUUUGUCCGAUCGCGAGAGAAUAAGAAAAAUGGAUACAAUUUGGGGAGGUAAAAACGAUUUAACAGAGGAAAAGAAGGAUAAAAAUUGGAGAUCACCUCAGAUAGAACGUAAGCAUUUAUUGAGGAACAAAAAGAUGAGGGAAUAUUUGGAGAAACAUGAAAUCGGUUGGUCAUCUGACGAUACCGCGGGUGGUGAAUCGGACGACAGUGGUACCAUUGGUUGGAUCUUCUUAUCUAAUAAGGAUGAUAAUACUAAUGAGGGAUUAUCCGAAACUAAAGUUGAUAAGGAUAUCGUACAUCGUGAUAGUACGAUUAAGAGGGAAAUAAUAAAUGAUAACGUUCUAUCAUCUAACGUUGUAAAUCGUUCAGAAUUAAUACGUUCCGAUCUUCUUAUUCAAGACGAUCAUUCCGAUUCGACAACGCGAAGCGAUCUAUGCUCACGAAUUUAUACAUUAAGAGAACAGAUUGGUCUAUUUGGUUCGAAAAGUCCUUCGCCGCUUCCUUCGAAAGUACCUUCCAGGGUUACUUCACCCUUUAUGACAUCCCAUGGCGAAAGGACCGAUCACAUCGUUAAAGCAUCGAUAUUUGGUUCGGUUGUUGGUGCCUUUCGAAAACCUGGCCAUCAUAUUGGCCCCGUUAAAAAUCCGUCCUGUUCUUGCGAACACUGCAGGCGAUACUUCGAGGAAGACGACUCACGUGAACGAUCGUGUUCCUUCGGUGAAUUCGAGAAUCGUUCAACAAGUUCAACCAACACCGAACAGAGAAAUAUUAUUCGACCAGCUCCUACGAGUUAUGGACAUUGAUUCUAUGUUCUUUUUUUGUUACUUUUUUAUUUUCUUUUUCUUCCACUAUUCUUUUUAUUUAUUUAUUUAUUAAUUUAUCUCUUUUUUUUUCUUUCUUUCUUUCUUUCCGAGCAACGCUUCAUCCGAAUAAUUUUCAUUAUUUUAUAUUGGACUUUCGUAGCUCUAUGAAUGGCUGCGAAAUUUUUACUUUUGCACGCUUA